AUGUCCGGUGCUCCAAUCCACGGGAACGGGAACGCACACGUCGCGGCGCGGCCCGCCAAUGUCCACGGUGGGUUCGGCCUCGGUCUGGGGACUGAGAACGCCGGCAGCGGCUUCAGCUUCCGGCCUCACAUGGAGCACGCGAUGCACACGACCUCGGGGGUGAAGCCUCGCUGCAUGACGUUCACCGGUAAGACGGGCAUGGACACGAACAGCACUCCUCUAAGUGAGCGCAGCAACGGGCAGUCCCGGGGGCUGACGUCGCGCGGGUCGGGGAAGUCGCGCAGGACCUCGCCCGACAUGGCGUCCGCGGAGCCGCCCUCGGCGCCCCAGAGCGGCCUCACGCGCCCCCCGCGCUCCACCCCGGCUGCCUCGGCGCCGCCCACGGCCACUCCGGGCCUCGUGCGCGAAUCCAUCCAGGCCCUCCGGCGCUCGAUGCCCACGCGUCUCCGCCGGCUCCUCGUCUGGCGCAACCCCGUCGAAUCCGCGCUGGCGCUCUCGUUCUGCGCCCUGACCCUGACCACCGUCCACAUGGCCCUCACCGGCCACCUCUCGGCGCUCUCCGUCGUCUGCAACCUCCUCCUCGCGCGCCUCGCCGUCUCCUUCUGCAGCGCCCUCCUCUCCAAGCAGAAGCCGGCCCCGACGAGCGCCGCGUGGGCCGCGACGAUCGCGAAGGCCUCCGAGAUCCUCCGCGGCUUCGCGAGCGUGUACGACAGCGUUGUGCGCACGGACGACCCCAAGGUCACGCUGGCGGCCGCGGCGGGCCUCUGGGCGCUGGCGAUCGCGGGCCGCUACGUGUCCGUGAUGACGCUCGCGUGGACCGCGCUGGUGACGGCGUUCACCGUCAGCCCGGCCUACGCAGCGCACCGCCCGGCGCUGCACCGCAUCGCCAACAACGCGGCCGCCGCCGCCGGGCAGCGCUUCAGGCAGCUCGGACUGACCCGGAAGCAGAAGGCCCUCGGUCUCGUGCUCGGCCUGUCGGCGCUGUGGUCGGUCACGUCCUGGACCAACCGCGCGGUCGCCGUGUUCAUCGCCGUCGUCAGCAUCCGCUGCCACAUGCGCCCGACCGAGGUCGAGGCCGUGCAGGACGCCGCCGCGCCGUACACGCAGUCCAUCCACAGGGGCGCGCGCACCUUGUCUAGGACCAUGCAAGCGUGCGCUGAGGGCAGCCUCGCGCGCUUCGGGCCGGGCGAGGUGCGGUCGUGA